AUCGCCUCCGGGACUUGGGCUGAGAAGACCGAAGAGUUGGAGCGGUGAAUGAGUGGUCGACAGUAAGUGGAACACUGAGAUAAUAUAUAUUUCUAGUAGCUUUACAGCCGUCGAAUCCCUCUGUAACGACGACCGAUCUCCCUUCACGGAGAAGGCACGACAAAGCAAUCUUGGCAGAGCCGGCCGCUCUCGUAUGUCCAUUCUCCGCAUUGUCAUCACUUUAACACACUACGCCGAUGCUGCUGGUGUCAAGAACAUCAACAUCUACCCCUUUCUGGUGAUUGCGUAUCAGGCUAGCGACAAGAUUGCUUCGGAAGAUGAUCGCCAUCGCCUACAGAAAAUCCUCGAGUGGCCACAAUGGGAACAGCUAGCGCGCGACCGUGAAAUUGUCCCGUUCAGCGUGGCUCCGGAAUAUGUCCUUGGACCAACAGCUUUCGCGCGCCUCUUGAUUGUGUUGGCUCGGCGAAAUGCGCUGAGCAGUACUCAGCUCCUCCACAAAUCUCCUGAAGGCUUAUCACCCACGACUUCCCUCGCCCAGAUCCUGCUUAUGACACAUUCAAACGUGAUCAAGCGUUCUGUGAAGAUUUCUGGGGAACCCAAAAUCGUACAUGGGGACUCCCGCUCCAGCAUCGCUUACGGAGAGUGUGCAGAGCUUGCAAUGGCAAUCGUCACUUUCUCCGACCCCACACACAACCCAAAUAUCAAGGCCGCUUACAGGGUACGCUACAAUCUCGUGACAAACCUGGGCGACGUCGCGCAGCUGGCAUUUAAGCUGAAACAGUAUCGACGUGCGUACUUCGCGACACUCGCGGCACUCGAUCUGGACGUACACAGCGACCCUUGGGAGAAGGCAGAUGCCGGUCUUAUCAAAAAUUAUAAGCGGGUCGCUCGCGAAGCUAAGGAAGUGCUUGACUCAGAGUAA